AUGAAAGUUUUCCCUGUUUGUGAUGACAAACAUGUGGCUGUUAUGGCGUGGCCAUUUGGGACUCAUGCAGGUCCACUUCUUAACCUUAUUCAAAGGAUUGCAGCUGAGGCUCCCGAAGUCACAUUCUCAUUCUUCAGCACAAGCAAAUCCAAUGCCUCCAUAUUCUCGUGGCUGAAUGAUCAAGAGCGUAGAAAUAUAAAGCCUUAUAACGUGUAUGAUGGGUUACCAGAGGGUUAUGUUCCUUCGGGGUACCCACUUGAACCCAGUAAUCUGUUCAUCAAGGCCAUGCCAGGGAACUUUAGGUGUGCCAUUGAUGAGGCAGUGGCAGAGACAGGGAAGAAGAUUACUUGCUUGGUUUCUGAUGCGUUUUAUUGGUUUGGUGCGGAUAUGGCAGAGGAAAUGCAUUGCAAGUGGGUUCCUCUAUGGACUGCAGGGCCUCACUCUGCCCUUGCCCAUGUUUUCACCAAUCUUAUCAGGGAAAAGAUAGGCAUCAAUCAAGCAAGUGAUGACAAAAAUCUCGAUUUCAUUCCUGGUCUUUCUGCGGUGAAAGCUUCUGAGUUGCCUGAAGGGGUAGUGGGUGAAAUAGAGCAACCAUUUUCAACUAUGAUACACAAAAUGGGACUAAUGUUGCCACGGGCAAGCGCGGUUGCCAUAAACUCAUUUGCUGACGUAGACCCUUAUAUUGUAAAUGAGCUCGAAUCCAAUGUCACGUUGCUAUUAAAUGUUGGUCCUAUCACAUUGACAACCCCACAACCUAAUAUUCCGGAUGAGCAAGGUUGUCUAGAAUGGUUGAACAAGCAUAAGAAAGCCUCAGUAGUGUAUAUAGCCUUUGGAAGUUCGGUAAUGCUUCCACCCCAUGAGAUAAUUGCGGUAGCAGAGGCCUUAGAGAAAGGUAGGUAUCCAUUUAUUUGGUCAUACAGGGGAAAUCCUGAGAAACAAUUGCCAAAGGGAUUCGUGGAAAGGACUAGAACACGAGGGAAGGUUGUUGCAUGGGCUCCCCAAAAGGAAAUACUUAAACAUCCAUCAACUGGUGUGUGUUUGACACAUUGUGGGUGGAAUUCAGUUUUGGAUUGCAUAGUUGGUGGUGUGCCAGUUAUUGGUAGGCCAUUUUUCGGAGACCAGAAGAUAAACAUAAGGAUGAUGGAAAGUGUAUGGGGGAUUGGUUUGGGAGUUGACAAUGGGAUUUUGACUAAAGAAGCCAUUCUGAAAAAUUUGAAAUCAAUCUUAAGUUACAGAGGAAAGCACAUGCGGCACAACAUACUAGAACUCAAGGAGAAAGCAAUGAAAGCAAUUGAACCUCAUGGUAGCUCUACAAGGAAUCUCACUACUUUGAUAUAUCUUGUCACGAGUUGA